CCGUAGUAUCAUAAACUUUCUUCAAUAUAAGAUAAACUAAUUCUGCGUUUACAAUUAUUUUCAGGUGCUCGCGCUCUCCUUUCGUCUGGACAAGGGAUUAAACUUCCUCUGAAGAAGAGCCGUCAAGAUUACGUUGUCACAGUUGGGUUUGGCACACCUAAACUUGAUUUAUCCUUAAUGUUCGACUCUGGCAGUCCUACUACUUGGAUCAAAUGCAAACCAUGCAUUACUUGUAACCAAAAUGAACCCAUUUUUGAUCCUUUCCAAUCUUCAACAUUUUCCAGUUGUAUUUCUGGUAAUUGCACAGUCAAUCAAUCCUACCACGACAAGUCUUAUUCCACUGGAAUUACUGUACACGAUACCUUAACCUUAUCUAAUGGGGUGUCUUUUCCUAACUUUGAGUUCCUUUGUAGCCAUAAUAACAGUGGAUUCCAAGGAUUUGCGGGGUUGCUUGGCCUCGAGUUAAGUGAGAAUUCCUUCAUAAAUCAAACAACCGAAACUUUUUCCCAGAUAUUUGGUUACUGUCUCCCAUCCUUAGAAUCCUCCACUGGGUUUCUUGCUUUUGGAGAUGAAGCAGUUGCAGCUUGCAGUCCUCAAUUUCGUGUUCCACUUGUAGCAGGUCCAAAUGGGUACGAUAAGUACUAUGUCGACCUUGUUGCAAUAACAAUUGGCGAAAAGAGACUGCAAAUGCCUUCAAAUGAUGAUUCAUCAUCGUCAUCGAAAGUCAUAUUAGACUCAGGAACUCCCAUCAGUCACUUGCCUCAAUCAGUUUAUUCAGAACUUAGCUCUUCAUUUCAGGAGUUGAUGUCAGAAUAUGGUCCCUUUUACUCAUCUGGGAGUAUGACGUGCUUUAAUCUUGAGGGGCACGAUUUAAGCACUAUCAAUAUACCAACUAUCACACUACAGUUUGGUGAUUCCUUGGACUUAAUGUUGCCCUCUACUUCUGUUGUUUUAAUUGAGAAUUCUAAUGCCUGCUUGGCAUUUAUUGGAGAUGAUGAAACAAUUAUCGGUACUCAUCAGCAACGGGAUUUGAAUAUACUCUACGAUAUAUCAAAUAAACAAGUGGGAUUUUCUCUUUCUAAGGGUAGUUGCAGCUAUUAAUUAAUGUCAGUGACUCAGUGAUUCAUGUAACGAAUAAAUGAAUAGAAACAUCUAAGAAUCAAUCGAGAUGUUUUAGUAAUAAUUAAGCAUUUAAUUAUGCACUCGAAACAAUUGAUAAGUAGAAUGUACUCUUCUUUCGCUAUCUUCUAUGUUUAUCUUCCUCUGUAACAGUAAUCCGUUGAAGAAUUCUUUCUUCAAUUUUAUUGUUCCUA